UGCAUACAAGUGCGCAGGAGCCGUACGGUGAAAAUCGAGGGAAAGAACGAGCGAGGGAGCGUCCGUCUGAUCUUAAUACCUUAUUACGAGAACGUCCUCGAUAUUUCCGUAAAAAAACUAAAACAGUGCCAGACGAGACAGCAUCGAAGCGCGGUGCUUCAAAGCUAUGAGUGGAUCGUACAUUCUAAACCGAAUCCAUAUUGUAUUGCCAUUAAACUGAAUGCAGAGCCUAUGUGUGCACAGAAGAACACAGCGCGGGGCUUUGGGAACCGGAUCGUGUCCAAAUCCAACGCGGAUGUGCGCGCGGACCCGUUUCUCUUGUAUGUAAGCGCCGUAAUAACUAACAAUAAUUUAAAUACGCAAACAUAUUUUGAGGCUUGAUGGGGUGUUGAAAUAGUUUGAACUUAUAUUCUAAUGUUUAAACCAAGAGAAGAACACAGCUGAAGUAAUUGCAUUGCUGGGACCUGGAGGGGUAAUGAGUAAUCAGCGACGCACCAAAGAAUAAACCGCGUUCAAAACCUAGAAUGCGACUGUGGUCUUUGGACAGCUCAUCCCGUGCGUCCUCAUAGGGUACUACUUUGUCGGAGGUGUCGUGACAUAGGUUAUAUUGUUCGUCAUAUUUCAUGGCUUUGGAUUGUUUGAACAGCAGCAUGUGGAGAGACGGGACGGUGCGUGAUUAGUUCGAAACAGACAACGCACUUUUCUUGCUUUAUUUCCAAUUCCGAGGUAUUGCGCACAGCAUAAGCAGCAAGUAGCCUACAACAAGGUCCGGUGCCGAAAAAGACUCGCAUUGAAUCCUUCCGACUACUUCUUUCGCUGCUGUCAUCGUAGUAUGUCUGCACUUCGAAAGAAAUUUGGGGACGAUUAUCAGGUAGUGACCACCUCAUCAAGUGGGUCUGGAUUCAACCAGCCAGCACCAGAGAAGAAGAAGAAAAGACAACGUUUUGUGGACAAGAACGGUCGAUGUAACGUCCAGCAUGGUAACCUGGGUGGAGAAACCAGUAGAUAUCUCUCAGACUUAUUCACCACGCUCGUAGAUUUGAAAUGGCGAUGGAAUUUAUUUAUUUUCAUCCUCACCUACACAGUGGCAUGGCUCUUCAUGGCUUUCAUGUGGUGGGUCAUUGCAUACAUCAGAGGAGACCUGAACCGCGUUGGACAUGAUGAUAAAUAUACACCAUGUGUGGCCAAUGUCUACAACUUUCCCUCGGCGUUUUUAUUCUUCAUUGAAACCGAAGCUACAAUAGGAUAUGGUUAUAGGUAUAUCACGGACAAAUGUCCUGAGGGAAUCAUUCUAUUUCUUUUCCAGUCAAUCCUGGGAUCCAUCGUGGACGCCUUUUUGAUUGGUUGUAUGUUCAUUAAAAUGUCCCAACCCAAAAAACGGGCAGAGACUUUGAUGUUUAGUGAGCAUGCAGCCAUUUCUAUGAGAGAUGGAAAGCUGACCCUCAUGUUCAGGGUCGGAAACCUGCGUAAUAGCCACAUGGUCUCGGCACAGAUCCGCUGCAAAUUGCUGAAAUCUCGUCAGACGCCCGAAGGCGAGUUUCUUCCGCUGGAUCAGUUGGAACUGGACGUGGGCUUCAGCACAGGGGCAGACCAGCUCUUUCUCGUCUCCCCACUCACUAUCUGCCAUGUGAUUGACACCAAAAGCCCAUUCUACGAACUCUCCCAAAGGUCCAUGCAAACGGAACAGUUUGAGAUUGUGGUGAUAUUGGAAGGAAUAGUGGAAACUACUGGGAUGACUUGCCAAGCGAGGACGUCGUACACUGAGGAUGAGGUUCUGUGGGGGCACCGCUUCUUCCCCGUGAUCUCCCUGGAGGAGGGCUUCUUCAAGGUGGACUACUCCCAGUUCCAUGCCACCUUCGAGGUUCCCACGCCUCCCUACAGUGUGAAGGAGCAGGACGAGGCCCUGCUGCUCUGCUCCCCGCUCAUGGCCCCCUCCCUCUGCAACAGCGGGGGGAAGACCAGCUCCCUGGAUGGCCUGGAGACCCUGGAGGACUCAGAGAGCACCGCCAAGCUGCCCACCAAGCUGCAGAAGAUGGGCCGCGAGGACAUGCCCCGCAAGCUGCUGCGGAUGAGCUCCACCACCUCAGAGAUGACCUACAGCCUGGGAGACCUGCCCAUGAAGCUGCAGAGGAUCAGCUCCGUGCCCGGGGUCUCUGACGACAGGCAGACAGGCAAGGCCUGCAAGAUCAACACAGACCCCAUCAGCACAUCGGUGGCGGACUUGCCCCCCAAGCUGCAGAGGAUGGCGGGAGGCGGCAGGAUGGACGGACACCUGCCCCCUAAACUGAGGAAGAUGAAUUCUGAGCGCUUCACGUAAAAAAAAAGAAAGAAACAUAUAUGAGUUUUUAACUCCACCAACUAUUUAUCCUACAACCCCAGAGCGCCCCCACUCCCCUCCUUGUAACGUUUAUAUUUAUUAAAGGACAGCAAUUCUUAUAUUAAAGAAAAUGUAGUUAUAUAAUACAUACAGCACACAGCAUAGCUAUAUGUGAUCUAGGGUAAUGGGAUACAGCACAUGUGUUCCUGGAUGUAAGAAAACAUGACAAGAUACACUGGAUUAUUUCAGGAUUAUGUGAGAUGAUUAGCACAAUCUGGCAUGUUGGAAACACAAAGUGCAUGUAGAGCCGAAUCUCUCUAAUUUUCUGGCAUGACAUUUAUUGAUAAAUUAUUUUACAGCGAUGAUUUGAAUAGUGAAUAUUACUGACAAUGAUGCCAAACAGACACACAAAGCCAUAGGGUUUCUGGAGUUGGAAACACAUUUCGUGGUUCUAAAUUGUGGUGGAGAAGGGAGCAUACACUACAUUUCGAUUUGAGUUGUUUGCUUUUGUUGUUUAAUGUAAUAUUUUGUGCCAAUGUUAUGUUGAUUGCAUGCUACUCUAUUUGAAUUAGCUAGACAAAGGUAAUAGACACAGAUGUUUAGCCUUAACUAUAUUACCUUGUUUCCAUUCCCACUAGAGAUCACGGCUGUAUUUUGGGGUAUUUCAUGUAUAGGAUAUUUUACCAUGUGCAAUUUUAUCAAUUUAUUAGUUCAGCAAACAUUUGACAGGAGAUGCAAUCUAUGAUUGAAAGUGCAUGGUCCACAUCACAUGACAUAUUGGAACUGGGCACACUAUUUAAACUCUUAAUUUGAACCAGGUGAACACUUCAGAUGAAUGGUCAAUGCGAAGGCCUUCUAAGCACAAAAUUACCACAAAGUACACGCCGCACAUUAUCAACAGUAAACAUUAUCAUGUGUCAUGAGUGUACUUAUCAACAUCAUACAGUGAAGCUUUACAUCUGAAGAGACACUGAAACGACAUGCUCCCGUGUCACCUCAGCUGAUGCAGUGUAGGGUUUAAGUUAGAAAAGACAUGUGCACCAACAUUUCACCUUAAGUAUUACCAUUCAUAUACAGUACAUAUAGAUUUAGAGGUGGACCUCAAACACAUAGGGAAGACUUUCCACCUUUGUCUUAAGAGAUCAUAUGUUCCUCUAACAAAAGCAAUAAUGUUAUAAUGACUAUAAUCUUUAUAUAGCCACAGGGCCAACACUAGUAGCCCCGCCCUCAUCAUAUUGACUCCAUACCAUCCAAUCUGGUUUAAUCGACAACAUUGUAUGAUACUCAAUCUCUUCAGGAAUAAAAGUCUAAGAGAAAUGUUCAAAGCUCUUGCUACUUUGAUUUAAUGUGAUCUAAACUGAACACAGAGCUCACCAGGGCUCCCAUCAUGAAUUGGAGAACACAAUACUGAUCAUGCGUUUAGCGUUUUGUUGUGAUGUAUGCGAUUGAUUAAAAUUUCAUUUGACUUCUGAAGCUAAACCCUUCAGUUAGGGAGUACUGCAGUCAGGGAGUACUGCAGUCAGAGAGUUCUGCAUUAAGCUUGUGUUUAGGUUGUCAAGGUUGCUCUUCUGUUUCUAGCGAUGACCUUUUGUUCCAAAUCUCUUGUAAUCUGAGAAGAGUUUGGAGGGAGGACGGGUUACUAAGCGUUUGAAAAAACCUCCUAAAUCACUACCCAUCUUUAGACAGCCAGUUCUCUUGAUCACCCAGGAGAUCUUUGCUUUUGACCCUCCACCAUUUUCCCUUUCUCAUCUUGUUCUAACAAAGAAUGCCCUGAGGAGAUUAAUUGAUUUGGGUGCUGUGCGAGGAUUCAGGAGGCCUUUGUUAGACGGGUCGGUUAGGAGGGCCACUGCCCCCCAGGUGUGCUGCACUGCAUUGGAAGUUGCAAUAGAGCUGCGUUCACAACAAUGAAAUGCUACAGAACAGAGUUUAGCAACCGUUAAAAACAUUUAUUGUGUCCAAUCUUUAAUAUUGCCUGACAAGUUUUUGUUAACUUACAUGAGUGCUUAAAACAUGAGAGGUAAAAACUCAGGGUGGUGUAAUAUAUGUCGAGUAUAAUUUUUUAUACAAUCUUGGGAUACUGUGGCAGGAUGAUGAAAGUAAACCGGAAGGCAUAUUAGCUUAGUAGAACAAAUAUAUAUAUAUUUUUUUUGAUUACAUCCUUGGAAGUAAUGCACUCAAAUCACCACACUUUCUCUGUCUUAGCACUAAUUUAAUACCAUGACAACUGAAUUGUUCUUAAAAUAAAACUCCAUACAUUUGCUAAGUGAAUAGCAGAAAUUUUCCUCCAGUCUGAGAUUAGCCUAAUGCCACUUUGUUUUCAUAUCACAACAACAGCACUGCUGCAUAGCUGAUAACUCAGUGCUAAAAACAGUGUUGACUUAUGAUGACUGUCUGUUUGCACACCUAGCACACUCUCUCUUGUCAAGGGCUGAUCUAGAGGACACAUUGUGCAUGCUAAACAUAAUGUCUGAUACCUGCCUUGAUUAAAUAGAGGGAGAAGUAAAUCUGAAAAUUAUUUUCUGAGAAACAUUAAGAAUAGAAAAGGCUCUGGUAUUGGUGUGGGCCGAUGUUCCUGGUUCACAGACUCAGGUGGUUUGACGCCAGUAUUUUGUGGAUAAAAUGAGACCUUGAGUAUUAUGACACAAUGAACAAGGUAGUUAGGUUACCUUACAUAGCUGUUCAGGGGUGGAGAUGAGGUGGCCACUGUUUCAAUGUUUUCAGAGACACAUCAGGGUUGUCAUGGUGGUUAAAAGGAGCCUACAUCUUCAGUGGAGACAUGCUCUGACGAACAACACAAAUGUUAACUUCUGUCCCUGUUCUGACGAGACAGAAAAGCAGAAAUCAAGCUUGCGUCCUCAAUAAAUAAUUGUGGUAUUUCAGUCAGGCUCCCGGAACAGCAUGCUGAGGUUGGAAUGUGCUAUAAGCACCUGUAAACACCGCUUCAUGUUCUUCCAGACAAGCUCUCAUGCAUCAAAUACAUUAAGUUAUGAAUGUAGGGAGUCUGUGUUGUGUCCAUCUUCUACCUCAGCAGAGGGACACCGGGACUGAAACGAGUAUAUAUCUUUACAUCUAUACAUCAUUACACCUUAACAGCUGUACAUCUUUACAUCAUUACACCCUUACCACUGUAAAUCUUUACAUCUAUACUUCUAUACAUCUCUAUAUCUAUACAUCAUUACACCUUUACAGCUGUACAUCUUUACAUCAUUACACCCUUACCACUGUAAAUCUUUACAUCUAUACUUCUAUACAUCUCUAUAUCUAUACAUCAUUACACCUUUACAGCUGUACAUCUUUACUUCUAUACAUCUCUAGAUCUUUACACCUUAACAGCUGUACAUU